AUCUGGAGCUUCCGCUACCUGGAUGGUGAGGUGACAGACCAUCAGCAGCUGGCGGACACUCAGCUGCGCAUUGUGGCCUUUGGUGAAGACAGUCAGGGACACGUGCUGAUUGUGGAUUUCGUCAGCGGUACCAUCAAUCGACUGGUGAAGGCUCCUCCACCCAGCGGCAAUGAGCCCGAGUUUCCUCGAAAGCUCAGCGAGACCGGACUGUUUGCAUCAACAAAAGAUCACGUGCCAGCGCCAGGCGUGCUGCCGUAUUCUGUCAACGCUCCCUUGUGGUCCGACGGCGCUGUGAAGGAUCGGUUUCUGGCUGUGCCCGGCGACGGGCAGAUUGAAUUUGACGCCGUCACCUAUCCCAUGCCGGCUCCUGGCUGGCGAUUCCCGGAUGGGACCGUGGCCGUCAAAACGUUUUCGAUGCAGAUGGAUGUGACUGAUCCGUCCAGUGUGCGACGCCUGGAAACUCGCAUUCUGCACCUGCGACAAAUGCCAGGUGAUGACAACGAAUACGGCGCUCAGUUCUGGAACGGCUAUACGUACGUCUGGAAUGAAGAACAGACCGAUGCGGUGCUGCUGGAUGCCGAUGGCCUGGACCGUGAGUUGGUGAUUCGUGACCCGGACGCUCCGGACGGCGUGCGUCGGCAGGUCUGGCGUUUUCCCAGCCAGGCAGAAUGCACGCUGUGUCACACCAUGUCAGCCAAAUAUGUGCUGGGAAUCAACACGCUGCAGAUGAAUCGUGACCAUGACUAUCACGGUCAUUCCGUGAAUCAGCUGGAGAUGCUGGAGCGACUGGGAAUGUUCACGGAGCCCCUGCCGGACAAACCAGAUCAGCUCCCGCGUCUUGCCCACUAUGAGGACAAUUCGCAGGACAUCGAACAGCGGACAGCAACACUCAGCGAGCAGCUGGAAGAUCAGGGAUACGCGGUGGUGCGUUCGGUUCUGGAUGUUGACCAGGAUCUGCAGCCGGUUGAAGACGAGUACGCAGAGAUCCUGGACGGACUGGCACGCCGCUGGUUCGACGCCGGUCUGGUGACGUCGCUGCACACCGACCUGCCGUUCUGCGAGCGCCUCAGUCGGCUGCUGGAAGAAACCGAUGUGCGCUUUGAUCGCUACUUUGAUAUCUCGCUGCCGCAAAGUGAUGUGACAGAACAGACGCCGAUUCACAACGGACCGGCCAUCUUUUCACUGUUGCGCAGUCCGCGCGUGCUGGAUGUGGUGGAGCAGAUUAUCGGGCCGGAGAUUUACAACAACCCGGUGCAGCAUACGAGGAUCAAGCUUCCGGCCCACUGUCUGGGUCCCGCUUCCACGUCGGAUCUCACCGGCGACGUGGGCUGGCACCAGGAUCUGGCGGUGGUGACCGAAGAUGCUGAUUCCACCGAGCUGCUGACCGUGUGGAUUCCGAUGACUCGUGCGACGAUCGAAAUGGGAUGUCUGGCCGUGGUGCCGGGCAGCCAUCGCGAACUGAAGCAUCACUGCCGCAGCAGUCAUCCCAAAACUCUGAAUCAGCUCAGUAUUCCUGACGCGCUGGUGGGUGCGAAUGAAAUGCCUUUGCCCAUGGAGCCGGGCGACCUGCUGCUGAUGGACCGACGCAUGCAGCAUCGCGGGCUGCCUAAUACCAGUGAUCAGGUGCGCUGGAGUUUUGAUCUGAGAUAUCAGCCGACCGGCCAGCCGACGGGACGACGCUGGUUCCCCGGCUUUGUGGCUCGCAGUCGAUCCAACCCGGCAUCCGAGCUGACUCGUUCUGAGCAGUGGGCAGACGACUGGCUGCGGACGCGGGAGUAUCUGGCACGCGGAGAAGACAUUGCCUUCAAUCGCUGGGUCGCCGGCGAUCCGGCCUGUGCGUGA